AUGAGCACAUUGACCUACCUCUGUUCCUGGAAAUCAGGAGAAAAAUGUGAUGAACCACUCGUCUCCGGCCUCCCGCAUGUCGCUUUCAGCAGCUCUUCCUCUAUGUCCAGCAGCUACUCCCCCGGCUAUGCCAAGAUAAACAAGCGAGGAGGUGCUGGAGGAUGGUCCCCAUCAGACAGUGACCACUACCAAUGGCUUCAGGUCGACUUUGGCAAUCGGAAGCAGAUCAGUGCCAUUGGGACCCAAGGAAGGUACAGCAGCUCAGACUGGGUGACCCAGUAUCGCAUGCUGUACAGUGACACAGGGAGGAACUGGAAGCCCUACCAUCAAGAUGGGAACAUCUGGAACUGCUUAGGGAAUUUAUAUAAGAUUUUGGUCAAAGAUUUUACCUGGACGAAAGAUAAGACUCCCCUUCCGAAUUGCCCAGGCAGGGAUCCAUGUGGCAUUGUUCUUGAUUCCCAUCAUAACUUAGAGGAAAACUUCACAAUGUCCGGUGUCCUUGAUGUUCUGCAAAUGAAGAAGGAGGACGUCUUCAAGUUCCUUGAUACAGGAACUCACGUAGGGGACACCAACCUGGAUUUCCAGAGGGAGCGGUAUAUCUAUAAAAGGAAAAGUGAUGGAAUCUACAUCAUAAAUCUAAAGCAGACUUGGGAAAAGCUCCUCCUGGCAGCUCGAGCCAUGGUGGCCAUUGAGAACCCUGCUGACGUCAGCGUCACAGCCUCUAGGAACACUGGCCCACGGGCUGUGCUGAAGCUUUCUGCUAAUGCUAGAUCUGCUCCUGUUGUUGGCCGCUUCACUCCUGGAACCUUCACUAACCGGAUCCAGGUGCUCACCUACAAGAUGAACGAACACAGCACCUGUUGUUCUUCUUCACUCUCAGAGGAGACAUGCUGGGCCGACGUGAUCAACUUUGACGGCCACGUUGUGUUACCCUAUCGAUUCCGAAACAAGAAGAUGAAAACCCUGAAGGAUGUCAUUGCCCUGAAAUUUAAAACCUCGGAAAGCGAAGGGGUAAUCCUCCACGGCGAGGGUCAGCAGGGUGACUACAUCACGCUGGAACUGCAAAAGGCCAAGCUGGUCCUCAGUUUAAACCUAGGAAGCAAUCAGCUGGGCCCCAUCUACGGCCACACAUCUGUGACGACUGGAAGCCUGCUGGACGACCACCACUGGCACUCCGUUCUCAUUGAGCGCCAGGGUCGGAGCAUCAACCUUACCCUGGACCGCAGCCUGCAGCACUUCCGCACCAACGGGGAGUUCGACUACCUGGACCUGGAUUAUGAGAUAACUUUUGGAGGCAUACCUUUCUCCGGAAAGCCGAGUUCCAGUAGUAGAAAGAACUUUAAAGGCUGCAUGGAAAGCAUGAGCUACAACGGAAUCAAUAUUACUGAUCUUGCUAGGAGGAAGAAAUUAGAGCCAUCCAAUGUGGGAAACUUGAGUUUCUCUUGCGUGGAGCCCUACACGGUGCCUGUCUUUUUCAAUGCAACCAGUUACCUGGAGGUGCCCGGACGGCCUGAACAGGACCUGUUUUCAGUCAGUUUCCAGUUUAGGACUUGGAACCCCGAUGGUCUCCUGCUGUUCAGUCAUUUUGGGGACAACUUGGGCAACGUGGAGAUUGACCUCACAGACAGCAAAGUGGGUGUCCGCAUCAACGUCACACAGACCAAGAUGAGCCCCAUCGAUAUUUCAUCAGGUUCUGGGUUGAAUGAUGGACAGUGGCACGAGGUUCGUUUCUUAGCCAAGGAAAAUUUUGCUAUUCUCACCAUUGAUGGAGACGAGGCGUCAGCAGUGCGGACCAACAGUCCUCUUCAAGUGAAAACUGGCGAGAGGUACUUCUUUGGAGGUUUUCUGAACCAGAUGAGAAACUCAAGCCACUCUGUUCUUCAGCCUUCGUUCCAAGGAUGCAUGCAGCUUAUCCAAGUGGAUGAUCAGCUUGUGAAUUUAUAUGAAAUAGCCCAGAGGAAGCCGGGAAGCUUUGCUAAUGUCAGCAUCGACAUGUGUGCCAUCAUAGACAGGUGUGUGCCCAAUCACUGUGAGCAUGGCGGUAAGUGCUCCCAAACGUGGGACAGCUUCCGAUGCACUUGUGAUGAGACCGGCUACAGCGGGGCCACCUGCCACAACUCCAUCUAUGAGCCCUCCUGUGAAGCCUACAAACACCUGGGCCAGUCAUCCAAUUACUACUGGAUAGAUCCCGACGGCAGCGGACCACUGGGGCCUCUGAAAGUUUACUGCAACAUGACAGAGGACAAGGUGUGGACCAUCGUGUCCCAUGACUUGCAGGUGCCAACGACCGUAGUUGGCUACACCCCAGAAAAGUACUCAGUGACCCAGCUGCUCUACAGUGCAUCCAUGGAUCAGAUCAGUGCCAUCACAAGCAGUGCCGAGUACUGUGAGCAGUACGUCUCCUAUUUCUGCAAGAUGUCCAGGCUGCUGAACACCCCAGACGGGAGUCCUUACACAUGGUGGGUUGGCAAAGCCAAUGAGAAGCACUAUUACUGGGGCGGCUCGGAGCCUGGGAUUCAGAAGUGCGCCUGUGGCAUCGAGCGCAACUGCACGGACCCCAAGUACUACUGCAACUGCGACGCAGACUACAAGCAGUGGAAGGAGCCAGCAGGAACUCUCUGUUACAAAGACCAUCUGCCUGUGGGCAAAUGAAUUCUAGGAACCACAGACAGGAAUGGAACCUUGGCCAAGCUGAGCGUGGGCCCUCUGCGUUGCCAAGGAGACAGGAAUUACUGGAACGCUGCCUCCUUCCCGAACCCGUCAUCCUACCUGCACUUCUCCACCUUCCAAGGGGAAACCAGCGCGGACAUUUCUUUCUAUUUCAAGACCCUAAUCCCCCGGGGAGUGUUUCUCGAAAAUCUUGGAAAUACAGAUUUCAUCAAGCUGGAGCUGAAGUCCGCCACAGAAGUGUCCUUCUCAUUUGAUGUUGGGAAUGGACCAGUGGAGAUCGUAGUGAGGUCACCCUCCCCGCUCAACGAUGACCAGUGGCACCGGGUCACCGCAGAGCGGAACGUCAAGCAGGCCAGUCUCCAGGUGGACCGGCUUCCCCAGCAGAUCCGCAAGGCACCGACCGAAGGUCACACACGCCUAGAACUCUACAGCCAGCUGUUUGUUGGUGGCGCUGGAGGCCAGCAGGGCUUCCUAGGCUGUAUCCGCUCCUUAAGGAUGAACGGGGUGACCCUGGACCUAGAGGAAAGGGCAAAAGUCACAUCCGGCUUCAAGUCUGGGUGCUCAGGCCACUGCACGAGUUAUGGAACCAACUGUGAAAAUGGAGGCAAAUGCAUAGAAAAAUACCACGGCUACUCCUGCGACUGCUCGAACACAGCCUAUGAUGGGACAUUCUGCAACAAAGAUGUGGGUGCUUUCUUUGAAGAGGGCAUGUGGCUGCGAUACAACUUCCAGGCCCCCACGGUUAGUGCCAAAGAGGCCGGCAGCAGAGCCGAGAACUCUCCGGAACAGCCGCGCUCCGCCCCGGACCUGGCCCAGGAGCAAAUCCACUUCAGCUUCAGCACCACCAAGGCGCCCUGCGUCCUUCUCUACGUCAGCUCUCUCACCACAGACUUCCUGGCCGUGCUUGUCAAGCCCUCUGGAAACUUACAGAUCCGGUACAACCUGGGUGGCACUAGAGAGCCGUACAAUAUCGAUGUAGACCACAGGAACAUGGCCAACGGGCAGCCUCACAGCAUCAACAUCACUCGUCGUGAGAAGGCCAUAAUUCUCAAGCUCGAUCACUAUCCCUCCGCGAGUUACCAUCUGCCAAGUUCAUCCGACACGCUCUUCAAUUCUCCCAAGUCGCUCUUCCUCGGCAAAGUUAUAGAAACAGGGAAAAUUGACCAGGAGAUUCACAAGUACAACACACCAGGGUUCACGGGCUGCCUCUCCAGAGUCCAGUUCAAUCACAUCGCCCCGCUUAAGGCUGCACUGCGGCAGACCAACGCCUCGGCCCACGUGCACAUCCAGGGCCAGCUGGUGGAGUCCAACUGCGGGGCCUCCCCCCUGACGCUGUCCCCCAUGUCAUCUGCCACCGACCCCUGGCACCUAGAUCACCUGGAUUCAGCCAGUGCUGAUUUUCCGUACAACCCAGGACAAGGCCAGGCUAUAAGAAAUGGAGUCAACAGGAACUCAGCCAUCAUUGGAGGGGUCAUCGCUGUGGUCAUCUUCACCAUCCUGUGCACCCUGGUCUUCCUCAUCCGGUACAUGUUCCGUCACAAGGGCACCUACCACACCAACGAGGCCAAGGGCGCCGAGUCAGCUGAGAGCGCGGAUGCCGCCAUCAUGAACAACGACCCCAACUUCACAGAGACCAUUGACGAGAGCAAAAAGGAAUGGCUCAUUUGAGGGGUGGCUGCCUGGCUGUGGGAUAGGGAGGGGGCCCCAGGGAGGAGGGAAAAGGGCCAAGAGCACCCUGCUUUACACUCCUGAGCACAUCCUUAAAGUAUCAGCACAAGCUGGAGAAGGCAAGCAAGCACGGGAACGUUCCUGAGACUGACCACCACACACAAACAAGAACUUUUUAAUAUUUCUUUAUAGCUGAGUUCCCCUCCUUCCGUAUCAAAACAAAAUAAUACAAAACAUGCUUUUAGAGUCCAAGCAAUGGUUGAAAUUUGUAGGUAAAUUCUGUCUUCUUUUGUGCGUGUUUAGAGGUGUUUGGAAAACCCGUGGUAACAGGGCAAAUUUUCUACAUUUUUAAGAGCCCUUAGAACGUGGAUAUUUUUUCUUGAGAAAAACUGAAGCGCGUCCCUGCGGCCUCCAACGUCCUCUUCCUUUUGCAUAGAGUCAACUUUUAACAGGCUGUUGUAGGAAUUAGUUUGUGUUCAUGGAAUAUUUCUUUCGGUGUCCUAUAAGUUGGAAAAAGAAGAAAGGGGCGGGAAGAAACUAUGUGCCAGUUUACAGCGAGACCUCAAGCAGGGCCUGGCGCCAGCUGUUGAUGGAAGAGUGUGUACUGAAGCCUGCGACAGCAGCGUUGUAACCGACACAGCUGGAGAGAGGCGUGAAAGGGCCGGGAGAAGUAACAAACCUAUACUGGGGCUGUUGGCUUUCCUUAUUUUCUCUGAAGUCUACAUUAUUGUUCCAUGGGUGUAGUCUUAGAUCUAUUUACUAUCUGUAACUAUCAGCUACAAGGCCAUGGUGACCAGCUGUUACAAAACACUUUCCUCUCAUCUUUAUCUGCAGUACGCUGGAUGACAUUAUCUAUGUACAUGCACCUCAAUAGAGAAUUAGAGCGAGACAGUACGAUCUGUUUCCUCUGUUUCUUUUAUACUUGUAGCAAACUAGUGUCCACACAACUUAGGUUGCGCUUGUUAUUUUGCUUUAAAUCUCAAAGGUUUAUGCCCCUGGGAUAAAAUCCCAGCAGACAGAGCCCUCUGUCACCGUACAGUAAAGCCUAGUUAUUACGGGCCUUGGUCUGGAAUCAUAUGAGGGACACUGCCAUGUUUUAAAUCAGCCACACCAUGUGUCAUUCUACCCAAAAGAGACACCGCCACGAUUCAGAGGACUUCAG